GCCUACCGAAACGUUACUGGAGCACAUUUUUACACACACCUCAUGGGGAAUCCCAAAUAACGAGCACCUUGUGACUUUGUUUAAGUGCAAAUUAGGAACCGCACGAGACGUUUUGACGGCAAGCGGCGCUUUGCAGAGGAAUUUUUUAAAAUAGAAAAGCCCGGUACUGUGCAGUUGCAUACCCUACCACUCCACUUGCGCUUUAUACGGGGAGGCUUUGACUUUUUCAUCCUCGUUUCAGUCUCAAAACAACCGUAUUCCUGUCCAAAACAGUAGAAGAACCUGACGGUUGUGACAUUUUAACAAGAAAUUUCACCUGGAAAUCAAGUGGAUCCAAUUGUUUCUGGGCGGAGGCCAACGGUCACACAGAACAAACUACAGGCCUGGGGAUAUCAUUAACCUCCACACACAACAGGAUACUGAUCUGGUCCGGUCCAGUCCAUUCGUCAGUCCCAGGGUCAGCACAGGGGGGUCGCUCCGGAGGCCAGAGCCCGCCCGGACCGGGACCCUGUGAUGUCGCACUGACUGACCCCCCUACCUGCGAAUGACCAGCGAGCGUUCGAGGGUGGGGCCCGCCUCAGUCUCGCAUGAUUGGCUGUUGGAUGGAAUUAAGGUGAAUGGAACACAUGCCCAAGGAGCAGGACCCUAACCUAUCAGAGGGAGAAGAGAAACGGUGGAUCGAUGGCCCGAAAAGGAAAAGAAAGAGCAGCUCAUGUUCGGUGAAGAGCAUGUCUGAAAUGAAGGGAUACGGACAGACUGGGUCAGAGAAUACAGGGUACAUCCCCAGCUACCUGGAAAAGGAUGAACCGUGUGUGGUGUGUGGAGACAAGGCCACUGGCUACCAUUACCGCUGCAUCACCUGUGAGGGCUGCAAGGGUUUCUUUCGGCGGACAAUUCAGAAGAAUCUCCACCCCGCCUACUCCUGUAAGUACGAUGGCUGCUGCAUCAUCGACAAGAUCACCCGCAACCAGUGCCAGCUGUGCCGCUUCAAGAAGUGCAUCGCAGUGGGCAUGGCCAUGGACCUUGUCCUGGACGACUCCAAGCGGGUGGCCAAGCGGCGUCUGAUCGAGGAGAACCGGGAGAAGAGGAAGAAGGAGGAGAUGGUGAAGACCCUGCAGAACCGGCCGGAGCCCACCGGCUCGGAGUGGGAGCUGAUCCGCAUGCUGACCGAGGCCCACCGCCACACCAACGCACAGGGCUCCCACUGGAAACAGAAACGCAAGUUCCUGCCGGAGGACAUAGGUCAGUCUCCGGUGGCCCCCACGUCGGACGGAGACAAGGUGGACCUGGAGGCCUUCAGUGAGUUUACCAAGAUUAUCACCCCUGCCAUCACCCGCGUCGUCGACUUUGCCAAAAAACUGCCCAUGUUCUCGGAGCUGCCUUGUGAGGACCAGAUCAUCCUAUUGAAAGGCUGCUGUAUGGAGAUCAUGUCACUGCGCGCCGCCGUGCGCUACGACCCAGAGAGCGAGACGCUGACCCUUAGCGGCGAGAUGGCGGUCAAGCGGGAGCAGUUGAAGAACGGCGGCCUGGGCGUGGUGUCGGACGCCAUCUUCGACCUGGGCAAGAGCCUGGCGCAGUUCAACCUGGACGACACGGAGGUGGCGCUGCUGCAGGCCGUGCUGCUCAUGAGCUCAGACCGCUCGGGCCUGACGAACAUUGACAAGAUCGAGAAAUGCCAGGAGACCUACCUGCUGGCGUUUGAACACUACAUCAACUACCGCAAGCACAACAUUCCCCACUUCUGGCCCAAGCUGCUGAUGAAGGUGACGGACCUGCGGAUGAUCGGGGCGUGCCACGCCAGCCGCUUCCUCCACAUGAAGGUGGAGUGUCCGACGGAACUUUUCCCCCCGCUCUUCCUAGAGGUCUUCGAGGACCAGGAAGUGUGAGUGGCGCCCCCCGCUGCCGAGGAGGAAGUAGUGGGGCGACUUGAGGCAUCUUGGGAAAGGAAGGGAUGUUUUUCUGAAGCUGGGAAGGAUUUUGGCAGGACUUGUGUUUUUCCGACAUUUACGUGGUAAACAACAAACAACGCAACCAGCAGCAGGAGUCAAACAAACAGGAUUUUCAUUUUUUUAACCAACCACCUCUUCAUACCUGUUUUUGGGAAUCAGUUUGGCGGCCCUCCCUGUCUGAGCACGAUGUUUUAUCCAGUGGGAGUUGCAGCCCUUUGCCAAGGCGAACACACACAGACACACACACUCUGGCUCCCCUCUCAGAGCCCUAUUGGAGGCACCUCAGUUGUCACACAUUGCCACUAGAUGGUGGUCUUUGCAGGUUUGCACCGUUUGAAUUUAUGGCAACCAUCUUUUAAAACUGGUCAGUUAAUUAUACUCCCCGAAUUAGUGUAAGACAAUAAUUCAGGAGAUACGUCACUGACAACACACCGGGACACACACAGAGGUACUGAGUGUGCCAUAUAACUCCUACCAUAGAGCAAAGCUACUAGUACCUACAAUCACGGCUGAACACAACAGCCAUUUUCAGACUGGACCGUGAGCAUGUUUUUAACCAAGUCAGGUGCUGUAUUAUAAGGCUACUCCAGUUGUCUGAAAUGUGUAAAUGUGUAAAACUACAGACCAUGGCUCCGUAUCUAACUUUGGUUCUGUCAUUAGGCAAGCGCCUGUGACUGGCACUCUCUCAAACCCACACACACUGGGCAGACCUGCCUUGUCAUUGCCUGUGCUUCUGGUGCCAACAGUAGACCCUCUCAUGAAUGACAAUUGAGCCCUUUUCUCUCCAAGGAAGGUCAUAACAGUGAACAAAAGAGAGAAAGAAAGAGAGGCGCCACUGGCAGGAGUUCUCAGAGGAUGGGGGGAGAGAGGGGAGAGAGGGAAAAAUAUAGAUUUAAUAGCUGGCAAGCAGAUUCAGUGCCUGGAGACUGAACAGCAUCCUGAAUAACACACACACACACACACACACACACACACACACACACACACACACACACACACCUACCCUCAGAAACGCAAAGCCUUAUUUACUGUAAACACUGCUGUGCUGUAGCCCUGACCUGCAGGGUAAGUAAGUCUGAAUCCGCGCCUGUGUUACUCAGCUCAGUAUGGCCCCUCCAGGCUUCCAUACUCAGUCGUUGUUACUGUAGGGGUCACUGAGAAAGGGCAAGGCCAAUGACGGCUGCCAUUUACCUCAAAGUGGGCACACCCUCAAGGCUGGGGCGCCGCCAGGCUCUACCUCACCUCUGGACACAGGGCAGCUGCCCCCAGCCUCCUCCCACACACACACACACACACACAUACACUUUUAGGGAUACUCAAAAAACACACAUAGGCAUGUGUGCAUACGUACAUUAAGACAAAUCACACAAACACAGGAUACACAUUCUCAGUGUUAUCACUCAGACAAAAGGAAAUACCACUGAAGACAGGAGGGCCUGCCUUUCCCUACGGUCACUUAUCUCUUUUUCGGGGGAGGGGAGGAUGGUAACCAUUAUGUUCAGCUUUUCUCUUUUUUGUUAUGUGGGACCAAGUUUCUCAAUUUGGAAUUUGGAAUCACUCUUUUUUUUCUGUUGAAACGGAAGCAAAUAAAUCACGUGACGGAGUACAAUGGACAGUCCAGCUGUCGCCCUGGAAGAGGAGCGAUACACCGUGAGGAAGCGUAGAACUCCAAGGUGGCCAGGCCGUAACUGGCUGUGUUUACCACUGUUUUUGAGGGAAAAAAUUUCAAAUACAACCUAUUUUUAUUGAAUGCCAAGCAGUAG